AUGGCAGGCCUUUCGGGCGGCUCCUGGGGUGCAAGCAAGUACGACAAGUCCGACGUGCUCUGGAUCCGCACCGAGAUGAAUCCCAUCAUUGGCGUGACUACCAGCAGCAGGGUGCCGUGGCGCUAUGCCGGCUACCCGGUCUACCAGAAGGGCUCGGAGAAGCCGUACUACCUCUACAAGGGAGUGCAGAGCACCAUUGAUAUCAAGCAGGUGAAGAAAGCGUCAGCGGAAAUUCCAUCUGCAGUCCAGGUUGACAUUCCUGGAGAAGCUACAAAGACUUUAGAGAGCCCGGAUCGCGAAGUCAUGGCCCUGAUAGAUGCCAUGUUGGGACAAAGUUCUUGCCUGAACAAUCCGAGCCAGUGUGCUUUCCGCUGCUACUAUGACCCGGAAAGUGACAUGUGUGGGCCUGUGGCCUUCUGCAAGAAGGCUGACGACGAGAUGUCCAGCCUGGCCCCGUUUGGCUCCCAGCAAAAAUGCAAGGCAGUUGGCGGCGAAAGCCAUGAGGCUGCGGAUGCUGCCAUCGUGAAUGAAGGGAUUGCUGGUCUGAAGACCAUGGCUCUUGACGUGACGAGGAAGCUGGAGGAGAUGCCAGCAGUCUCCAAAUCCAGCGCAGGGCGAAAGACCAUGAAGGAGACUGCCGCAUUGUGGAAGGAAGCCGGAGACAUCCUCCAGGUCUUUGAAAUACUUCCAUCGAGGCUUGACCCAGACGUGGGGAAGUUCACCAAAGGGCACAAGAGGAUCACUCAGAAUGACAUGAAGCACUGGCGCCAUCGCAAGGACCGCUUGACGGUGGCGGAGUACAAUGCUGCGGCUAUGAAGUCCGUCUCGCAGCUUCAGGACUCGACGGACUUUUCUGUACCUGCGAAACUGCACUCAGAGCUCGUCGAUUUCAUGGUGAAGCGCCCGAAGCUUAUUGUAGAGACAGCCAAGAUGGAGUCCAAGAAGAAGUGUCUGCUGAAGGACGACACGGAAGCCCAGAAGCGGCAGCUGGAAACUUUCACGAAGUACUUCCUGAAGGUUCCUGGUUUUAACAGCGAAGAUCUUUCGGGACAAGUGCUUGAUCUACCAGAGAACUGUCAAGAUUUUCUCAAAACAGUUGGCGAAACAAACAUGGAGGAGUUGAUCAGUUCCGCGGACGAAGCGCAGGAGAACAUGGAAAAGACAUCAUCAGAAUCAGGUGAUUCUCUUUUGGAGUCUUUGGAGCUUAGAUCAGACCGCUUGCGCGAGGCAACCAGUGAGGAUUCAGCGGCCAAUAGUUUAUUGCAAGGCGGAGCCUGGGCGCAUCAUUCGGAAGAGGUCAAAUCAGCCUUCUUCUUCAUCCUCCUUUGCAUCCUCGUUGCCUGGCUGUGCUGUAUGAUCGCUGGAUUAUUGCUGUACGGAGCCCUCCACAACUUAAAAGCCUGCAUGGGAGAAUCUCCGGCCGUGGGCGUCCCAUGUCAAGCCUUCUUUGUGAUGGGAAUGCUCGGGGGCCUGGUUGUCUUUGGUUGCUUUUGUAUGGCAUGGCCGGUCGGCCUCACUGUGCUUCUGGGCUCUAUCCUGCUUGCCUACAAGCUCGAAAACCCUGAUCUGCCAUCAGCAGAACAUCACACGCGAGUGAACACUCACGUGAGCACUCACGUGAAGACAUCGACGCACAAUCAUCAUGUUGUGCACCAUCGGACGGUUGUGGUUCGUCAUGUUGCCGCCUGA